CAUAAACGGACAAUGGCAGAGAGCAGUGUUCAUACCAAACUCAAAGACUGUCGGCAAAGGAGGAGGGAGAAACAGGAAUGACUUGACAGUUCACAUGCUCGUCUCUAGUCUCAUCUCUUCCACCUACAUUUACAUUUUUUUAAAUCAACCCACAACCCAACUUGCUCGCUUUCACCGAAAAGAUACACCCAAUUGCAAAUCUCUGGAAAUGAUACUAUAUAUGAUGUCUUGGUCCUCAUCUUGGUUCCCAUCCUUGAUUCUCAAUGGCUCUUCAACCUCCAUUGAUGAGUUUAAGUCUAUCUUGCCUUCUCUUGUGCACAAGCUUAUUAUGGGUUUUCGGAUUAGAACCAGUCACCAGCGCCGAAGGAACAGAUACAGACCAACUUGCUUUGAUUGAAUUCAAACGUUUGAUAUCAGGAGACCCUUCAGGAGCUCUGAGUUCUUGGAACGAUUCCCUCCAUUUCUGCAACUGGAAAGGGGUCACUUGUGGUCGCAGGCAUCAACGAGUUUCAAGCUUGGAUUUACAAGCCCAGGGCUUGGUGGGUUUUCUUUCUCCUUACAUUGGUAACCUCACCUUUCUUCAUUCCAUCAAUCUUUAUAACAAUAGCUUCUAUGGUUCCAUCCCCCAAGAAAUUGGUCGUUUGUUUCGAUUGCAGAGUCUCCUUCUGUCUAACAACAGUUUCGGAGGAGAAAUACCAACCAAUCUGACAAAUUGUUACAAUCUCAGAGAAAUUAUGAUUAGCCGAAACAAUCUGAUUGGAAAGAUUCCUAUCCAGUUUGGAUCCUUGUCGAAGCUUGAGACUCUUUCUAUGUUUGCCAACAAAUUAAAUGGAGAAAUUCCAUCUUCUUUUGGGAACCUUUCUUCCAUCCAAGCCAUCUCACUUGCAGCAAAUAGUUUAAGUGGGAGCAUUUCUGAAUUCCUUAGCAGGCUAACAAGCUUAAGGACCCUUAAACUUCUAUCAAACAAUCUGUCUGGUAAGUUUUUGUCCUCACUCUACAACCUCUCAUCUCUCACUACUGUUAAUAUUGUAUAUAACCAGUUUCAGGGGAGCUUUCCUGUAGACUAUGGACUUUCUCUCCCAAAUCUCAACUAUCUUGCUAUUGGUGGAAACAAUUUCACUGGAACCAUUCCAGAUUCUCUAUCCAAUAUUUCGACACUUGGAUUAGUUGAUUUAAUGGGUAAUAACUUUGUUGGACCAAUACCUGAGAGUCUAGGAGUAUUGCAGAAUCUGAGUUGGCUUACUUUGGGUAGUAAUUAUUUUGGAGCAGGAAGGGCAAAUGAUUUGAAUUUUCUGACUUCCUUAACCAACUGUAGUAGUCUAGGAAUGUUGGAUUUUACAUUCAAUGGCUUCCAAGGUCAGUUGCCCAACUCUCUUGCCAAUCUCUCAACCCAGCUCACAUUUCUUGCAUUUGGUAACAACAAGUUCUCUGGAACCAUCCCUGCUGGGAUUGAGAAUCUGGUCAGAUUAACUGUGUUGGGUCUGGAAUCAAACUUAUUUAGUGGUAAUAUUCCGAUUGGUAUUGGGAAGCUUCAAAACCUGCAAAGAUUGUUCUCGAAUUCAAAUAGACUCUCAGGACAGAUACCACAUUCUAUAUGCAAUAUCCCUCUUUUGUAUGAACUCCAUUUAGAUGAUAACAACUUGACUGGCAACAUUCCUUCCUGUCUUGGAAAUUCUCAACAUUUACAGCUCUUAACCCUCUCUGAUAACAAACUCCAAGGUCCCAUACCUAAAGAACUCUUUGGUAUUUCCUCCCUAACAAUUCUUCUUAACUUGUCUCAUAAUUCCCUGGUUGGAUCCUUACCUUUGGAAGUCGGUAAAUUGGGAAAUCUUGCUGCGUUAGACAUCUCCCAAAAUAGAUUGUCUGGAGAAAUUCCCUCCUCUAUUGGCGAUUGUAUUAGUUUGGAAUAUCUUUACAUGGGGGGUAAUUUAUUUAAUGGAACCAUUCCUCAAUCUUUGACUCUUUUGAAGGGAAUUCAAGAUUUGGAUCUGUCACACAACAACUUAUCAAAACAAAUUCCUAAAGAUCUUGAAAAUCUUUAUGCCUUGCGCAAUCUGAAUUUGUCUUUCAAUAAUCUUGAGGGUGAGAUACCAACAAAAGGAGUCUUUGGAAAUGCAAGUGAGGUUUCAGUGGCUGGAAAUGGUAAACUUUGUGGGGGCAUACCUGACUUACAAUUGCCAGCAUGCACAAUCCAUGGAUCUACAGAACAAGGAAAGUCCCAAGCUGUCAAAUUAAUUUUGGCAAUAAUUCUUGCGGUUGUUUCUUCUGUUUUGAUAUCUUUUCUUCUUGCUCUUUAUUGGGUUAGAAAAUCAAGAAGUAAGCCUCCAUCCACCCCAUUAAUUGGUGAUCCGCAUCUAAAGAUUUCAUACAAAGAAUUAUUCCAAGCUACUAGGGGAUUUUCUUCCGCCAAUUUGAUAGGCUCUGGUAGUUUUGGCUUUGUGUAUAAAGGAAGCAUCAACCAGGAUGAAAAAUUUGUGGCAGUGAAGGUACUUAACCUUCAAAAUCCAAGAGCAUACAAGAGUUUUAUGGCAGAAUGUGAAGCAUUGAGAAACAUACGGCAUCGAAAUCUUGUUAGGAUUGUAACGUCUUGUUCAAGUCUAGAUUCAAAAGGAAAUGAUUUCAAAGCCCUUGUUUAUGAGUUUAUGCCUAAUGGGAGUAUAGAAGAUUGGUUGCAUCCACCCAUAGACACACACAAUGAUGCAAGGAACUUAAGCCUUAUCCAAAGACUAAAUAUCGCGAUUGAUGUGGCUUCUGGAUUGGAUUACCUUCAUCACCAUUGUCACUCAUCUAUUGUUCAUUGUGACUUGAAGCCAAGUAAUGUUCUUCUUGACAAUGAUAUGAUUGCUCAUGUCAGUGAUUUUGGUUUGGCAAGGCUUCUUUUGGAACCAAACAACAAUUCAUCUCGGAAUGAAAGAAGUUCAAUUGGGAUAAAAGGAUCUAUUGGCUAUACUGCUCCAGAGUAUGGCAUGGGUGGAGUGGCAUCAAUAUAUGGAGAUGUGUUUAGCUAUGGGAUCCUUUUAUUGGAGAUGUUCACAGGAAAAAGACCCACAGAUGAGAUGUUUAAAGAUGAUCUAAAUCUCCAUAAUUUUGCCAAGAUUGCUUUUCCUGAACAACUGAUGCAGAUUUUGGAUCCAAUAAUUCUACCCAAGGAAGAAAAGGGUGAAGAAAUAGGAGCGGCAGAUAUCAACAACUCUGAAGGUUCUAGUCAUAGGAGAGAAAAAUUGCAACAUUGCAUCACUUCAAUUAUUGGAAUUGCUCUCCAGUGCUCUACAGAAUCUCCUACAGAACGAAUGGACAUGAAAGAUGUUAAAAGGGAACUACAUUUGAUCAAGUGUAAUUUUAUUGGAGGAGGAAUACAUCAGUAGAGGCCAACUACAUCCUAAUAAGAAGAUGAUUUUGCAGGUCAUACAUCUGAGGAGCACGGGGUGGAUCCCACAGUUGAGUUCCCCGAAG